AUGGAUUACGAUCGCUCGAAGGUUUUGGUUUUCGGCGCCGGGAACUUUGGCAGCUGUCUUGCUGAUCAUCUGGCCGACUCUUUUCAUACUGUCUAUCUCUGGUCCAGGGAUGAGAAGAUCGUGCGACAUUUCAAUCAAUAUCAUCGGAACCCCGAGUUCCUGCAGGACCAUGUCUUUCCCGAGUCGAUCACAGCAGUCGGUCCGGAGUUUCCGUCUGAAAGUAUCAUCAGACAUGUCGACGUGCUGCUGUUUGCCAUCCCUACUGAAGGUGUAAGGGAAACGCUCACUGCGUUAAAGCCGAGACUCGAUGAGAAAAACUUGCCGUUGUUGAUCUUUGUCAACAAGGGCAUUGAGAUCAGCACGCACGCGCUAACCUUGGAGAUCAUUGUCGACACUUGCGGACCUGACAUCGCCAAAGUCGCAGCGUUCAUCUCUGGACCAUCCUUCGCAAAAGAGAUUGUCGAACGGCAGCCGACAUCCGUUUCCGUGGCAUCCCUCUCCAAAAAACAUGCGGAGAGAGCAUCACAGUUGUUUCAUCAACCUUGGUUCCGUUGCUACACCGGUGAUGAUCCUAUUGGCGUGGAAUUGGCCGGUGCACUCAAAAACGUCUAUGCCAUCGCUGCUGGCAUGUCAGAUGGCCUUGGGUUCGAGAACAAUACCAGAGCCAUGCUCAUAACCCGCGGCUUGGCGGAGAUGUCGAGGAUCGGAACUGCGUACGGCGCAUCGCCGUUGACUUUUCUCAGCCUGGCUGGCGUCGGAGACCUCUUCCUCACUUGCAGCUCGUCGACGAGUCGUAAUUAUACGGUGGGAUAUCGUCUUGGGAAGGGAGAGAAACUCGACUAUAUCAUCGAGACAUUGGGCAGUGUCGCGGAAGGUGUCACGACUGCAAAGGCACUGCGUACUAUAAUAUCAAAAUUAGACGUGGCUGCUCCCAUUGCCACUGCCGUGUACGAAGUCUUGUACGAAGGCGGAGACGUGGCAGAGAAGGCGAAGCUUCUGAUGAAUCUGCCUCCCAUACGAGAGAUAGACUUGCCUGAUGGUGCUGGGAAGCCUGCGCAACAACUGUUGAAGAAACUUGAGUUGGACUCGGUAGAGUAUGAGACGACAUCAUCAUAA